AUGAGUGGUUUUCGCAAUGUCAUGAAGGAUGGCUGGCAUCCUAAGGGCAAGGAAGGUGCAAAGGAAAGCUGGCGUGGGGAUUUUAAGGGAAUCAAUCAAGUGGCUGGGUGGAUGGGAAAGGGCAGGGAUGCCGAUUCCACAGAUAAAUCUGAGCAUGUCUCCCAACCACUGUCAUCCCUUAAAGAUCCAUCAUCUUUCGGACCUCCCCCCAAACACAUCAAUUAUCACGGCGCAGCCGCCGUGCCCAACCAGACAACCCCCGACCGCCGCGGCCUAGGGCAACCGUUAUCCCAAGACCAGGUCGCAGCACAACACACACAUCACCAGCAAGCGCCAGCUGAGGAAGAAGCACCUCAGAAGCCUGCACCUCCUCCGGUCCCCUAUCGCGCCAAUACAACAGGUCUGUCUACAGAUAAUCUUCCUCCGCCACCGCGUCGUACAGAUUCAGCGAGCCCAGCUUCCACAAAUUCCUUUUCGAAAGCGAAGCCACCAAAGCCUCCACCACGACUCCCAGCCCGAAAUGAUUCUCCCAGCUCCGAACCUCCCCCUGCAUACACCCCGGCUCCGGUGAUCUCCCACGACUACAUCAAUCAAGAUGCCUCGUCUCGUUUGGCAAACGCCGGGGUCUCAGUUCCAGGGUUUGGAAUUGGAGAACAAGGCCGCCAAUCGCCUGCAAAUGCGCCCGUGAACGAGCUCCAGUCUCGCUUCUCGCAGAUGAACACUGGCUCGGGGUCUGCCCCUCCUCCACCUGCCCGGACUUCAACCACAGAUUCACAGUCAGCGGGAGGCGGGUCAACAAUACAAAACUUCCGAGAGCGACACGGGGAUAAGAUUUAUGCUGGCAAACAAAAAUAUGGAGAUUUCCGCGAGCGCCAUGCAGACACCAUUGACUCAGGAAAGCAAAAGUACGGUGACUUCCGUGAGCGCCACGCCGACACAAUCGACUCCGGCAAACAGAAAUACGGUGAUUUCCGCGAACGCCAUGCCGACUCCAUUGACUCUGGAAAGUCAAAGCUCAGCGACUACAAGUCUCGUCUGACGGGCUCCGCAGCACCGACCCCGCCGGCUCGGCCCGAGUCUAGCACCUCGAGCAUGAACCUGGAGCCCGCAGAGCCCGCUCGAGGCUCAUCCUCGGUGCAAGAUUUCCGCGAGCGCCACGCGGACAAGAUCGAUAUGGGCAAGGAGAAAUGGGGCGGAGUGACUUCGCGUUUCAACACCUUUGUGGAAGAUCGGAAGUUCUCCAAUGACGCCAAUAAGCGCGUCCCCCGCCCACCCGCUCGUCCUAGCCCCGGAUCUGCCGUGCAGGCUUCGUCCGCGGAGGAUCUCCAGGGUCAGGCACAGCGCAAGAAAGCACCCCCGCCGCCGCCCAAGCGCGCGGAGAUUCGCGCGCCCGCAGUAGAGGCUCCAUCCCCCACGCCUCCCCCAAUCCCGCAUGGCACGAAACCCCGAUGA